AUGGCUGCUCCACCAGGUCACGGGCCUGCAUACGGUAGAAGAAGAAAUUACAAGAUACGCCAUCAAACACAGUCACCGACUGGAGAACCAUCCCAACGGGCAGAUCAGGCAUGUCCUGCUGUAAAUCGUCCUUCACAGCUUAAUGAGGCCGAAAAAGCAUGUGAGUCCGAAAUCAAGCCAAACGAGGAAUCGGUUGUAACUGUUGCUUUACGUAAGAUUCAAGAAAGUUUCAAAACAGCUUUCAAUGCAACCAGAAAUCUUUGGUCACAAUUGAAAGAACGAUUUGAUUCAAACAAAAAUACAGGUAAAAGUAACGAGGCUCCAGAUAACGAAGGACACGUUGCCAAAGAUAAGAAAAACUGCGAAUACUACGAAUGCGUCUUCAAAGAACUUAAAGUGGCUGACGAGAAUGGCACAAUUAUUGGAGCUCUGUUAUCUACAUGGAUUACAAACAACGUUGCAGUUUAUCUUAAUCCAACGAAGGUGAAAAAUUGCAUCGAAGAGUACACGGAAGCGUUUCUCGGAGGCGACAGUGAUGAGGCGGACAGUCCGGCGCAAUUAAACGAAGAAACCAGGAAUAAAACCACACAAGAAAAAAUUGAAAGCACUGUUCGCGAAACUUUCCACAACAUGGCAAAUAGUAUGCAAAACUUGAAUCGGCAAAUGCGCGUCAGGCUGCAACACGCGCUCACAGGCAAAGAACAAAACUGCCUGCAAGUCGAAGCACUGAUGCGAUGUCUUAGCCUUGCAGCAAUCGAAAAGUGCGACAUUUUUCGCUACUGA